GGUCCGGCCUCUGUGAAGGCUGCGAGCGGCGGGGUUAAGCGCGUCGCCGCUGCCAGGGCCUAGGCGCGAGACCCCAGAGCUGAAUCCGCGCCUCGGACCUGGAGCUGCGGUUACUGCCAUGGGCCUCCGCCUCUGCCCUUACCGCGCCGCCUUGCUCCCGAGCGGCCUCCUGUUACUCCUUAUGCUCACAGAUCUGGCACUCCCGGCUGGACGUCCGCCACCGGUGGUGCUGGUGCCCGGUGAUUUGGGCAACCAGCUGGAGGCAAAGCUGGACAAGCCGACAGUCGUGCACUACCUCUGCUCCAAGAGGACAGACAGCUACUUCACACUCUGGCUGAACCUGGAACUGCUGCUGCCUGUCAUCAUUGACUGCUGGAUUGACAAUAUCAGGCUGGUCUACAACCGAACGUCCCGCACCACCCAGUUUCCUGAUGGUGUGGAUGUGCGUGUCCCUGGCUUUGGAAAGACCUUCUCACUGGAGUUCCUGGACCCCAGCAAAAGCAGUGUGGGUUCCUAUUUCCACACCAUGGUGGAGAGCCUUGUGGGCUGGGGCUACACACGAGGUGAGGACGUCCGGGGGGCCCCCUAUGACUGGCGCCGAGCUCCAGAUGAAAACGGGCCCUACUUCCUGGCCCUCCGCGAGAUGAUCGAGGAGAUGUACCAGCUGUAUGGGGGCCCCGUGGUGCUGGCUGCCCACAGUAUGGGCAACAUGUACACGCUCUACUUUCUGCAGCAGCAGCCACAGGCCUGGAAGGACAAGUAUAUCCAUGCCUUUGUGGCACUGGGUCCGCCCUGGGGGGGCGUGGCCAAGACCCUGCGCGUCCUGGCCUCAGGAGACAACAACCGGAUCCCGGUCAUUGGGCCCCUGAAGAUCCGGGAGCAGCAGCGGUCUGCCGUCUCCACCAGCUGGCUGCUGCCCUACAACUAUACCUGGUCACCCAAAAAGGUCUUCGUGCACACACCCACAGCCAACUACACGCUGCAGGACUAUCGCCGCUUCUUCCAGGACAUCGGCUUCGAAGACGGCUGGCUUAUGCGGCAGGACACGGAGGGGCUGGUUGAAGCCAUGGUACCACCUGGCGUGCGACUGCACUGCCUCUACGGCACUGGUGUCCCUACGCCAGACUCCUUCUACUAUGAAAGCUUCCCGGACCGUGACCCGAAAAUCUGCUUUGGUGAUGGUGACGGCACUGUGAACUUGCAGAGCGCCCUGCAGUGCCAGGCCUGGCGUGGCCACCAGGAGCAAGAAGUGUCAUUGCAGGCACUGCCGGGCACCGAGCACAUCGCGAUGCUGGCCAACGCCACUACCCUGGCCUAUCUGAAACGCGUGCUCCUCGGGCCCUGAUUCCUAUGCUGGGCAGGGCUCUGGGAUGGCCUGGCCACCACUGCUUCUCCUGGCCUGUGGGGCAACCAUGGCCCAUGAGUUGAGCAGUUUGUGACUGAUCAUCUAAGGCCCUGGAUCUUGGGUUGUGAAGUGGGGAAAUGCUGGGUUUUUUAUCCUUCCUCUCUGGGAAUGAGGAAGGAAGACAUAGUCUGAAGUUACUUGAGGGACCCUUGGAAAGAAUGCUGCUGAUGGUGGAAUUGUGACCUCAGGACUGGCUCCGCAGGUGGAUUGGCUGGCACCUGACCCCAAUCCCCAGUGCUGGGGCCUUGUGUUCCUCCUACCCCUGUGGCCUUUUCACACUCGCCCACCAGGGCCUGGCUCCUCAGCUUUCUUGUGAGGGAUGUUACUGAACUGUGGUCCCUAGGUUGGGCUCCUGGUCCCUAGGGUGUACCUUCUCACACAUUGGCCACAAGUCAGCCUGCUACUGGCCACGGGUGGCUGGAGCUGCUGUCUGUGUGGCCUACCUGCUCACACAGCCUGACUGUGGCUUUCUGGGGGCAGCCCGGUUCCCCCUGCAGGCAGGAGUGGGUUGUUACGCUCUCCAUGGUUCCCAGGCCCUGGGGCAUUCACUCCUACCUCCCUUACUUCUAAGAACAGCCUAGCUCAGGGCUGGGCAGCAGAUGGACCCCCAGUUCUCGGGGCUGUGUCCCAGGAGCCCUGAUCUCCUUGGUUGGGCUGUUGCCCACAGUAUUGAUGCUGCCUCCCUUUGCCCUGGGGCUGUGGUUCAAGAAUGAGAGCAGAGCCUGGUGCCAUGCCCUUUAGGUACUUAUGAGGAAAGAGGACUCAAGGAAGCAGCCAAGGCCAAUCAGAGCCACCCUGAGCUGCCCUCUUGCUGACCCUCCACCACAUUGCCACCCUGCCCAGGAUCUCUCUAGCGUUCACGUGGGCUGGCACAGGACUGAGAGGAGGUAGGACUCUUGCCCACUCUGCCCAGCACCCAUCCCCACCAGGCAGCUCAGUGGUGUUUAGUCAGCAGGGACUUGCCCAGAAACUUGAGUGGGCCCCUGAGAGAGCCAGGUGCCUUAGGGGCCCCCUAGGGGUUUUCUUCCUGCUCCAGAGGUGCUGCAUGGAUCUCCCUGUGAUAGCAGGGAUGGAGGAUGUGGAUCUGCCUUGGUGGUCUCCAAGUGGGCAGUGCCUAAAGGCCAAGACUUGGGUCUAGCCUCUGGGGUGGAGCCCCAAAGCCACAGUCAGGCUGGACUGUGCUUCGCUCCGACAAGGUUUCUGUGAAGCAGAAUUUUCUCUGUUGCAUUCAUAGCCAGCAUCUGUCUCUCCCUUUGUUCCUGAGUGGUGGGCCCCACAUGGGGCUCUGAGCAGGCUGUACCUCGAUUCUGGCAAUAAAAGUAUUCUGGAUGCUGUA